GUUUAUUAGUGUGGUUUACGUAAAUAAUUUCAUCUUUUAAUGGCACCAAAUAGUAAUUGCAGAUAUCCUUGCAACUGGGUUUCCAGACCAAUUCUGAAAAACGGUGUUUAUGUCGGUUGUUGGUAUGUUUCUGCCUAUUCUCCUCAAGUGAGCCAAGUAAAAAUAUUGUACGGAAGUGCGACUUUGUCCAAUCAUAUCAGAAAUAAUAAAGUAUUACUUAAAACAGGCAUUCAGACCCCUUCAAAUAAAAUAAGCAAAAAAAUUGUGUCUCAAGGGACACAGACUUCUAUUAGACGAGAAGUCGAAACAGGUACUUCGAAGAAUGAUGUCACUCCUGUCAAAAACAAUGACGAAUUCAAGUUAAACUCGAACAGUGCAAAAAAACACAAAUGGGAAUUUAAAGGAGUCCAAGUUCCUGUGUUCAGAGAAUCUACCCAUUCUUGUCUGCAGUGGGUUAAAAUACCACUUCCAAGGACAGCGACAAAACACUUGGCUUUUUGA